GCGCGCGAUCUCGCCAUGGCUCGGUGGGUGCCGGCCCUCGUGGCUUUGUUGCUCGUGUCAGUUGCCGCGCGCAAGUCAGCUCCCAAGACAGACCACGAGCCCCGAAUCGAGGAGGUCACCGCCAAGCAGCUCGAACGACUUCUAACCGACAAGGACUUCGUAGCCGUGUUCUGGUAUGCAAGAAGUUGUGUCACGUGCGACAAAGUUCUAGACGAGUUAGAAAAAAUAGAUGAUGACACGGACUCCUUUGGCGUAGACUUCGUGAAGAUCAAUGAUAAGAGGCUGGCGAAACAGCAUGGCAUCACGAAAUUCCCCGCCCUCACGUACUUCCGUGAGAAGGAACCGAUCAUUUACGAAGGAGAUCUUAUGGAUGAAGAGAGCGUUUUGGAUUUCCUGACGAGCUUAGAAGCAAUGGACCUUCCAGACAGGAUAGAGGAAGUCAAUCAAAAAAUCCUCGGAAAAAUCGUCGAGGAUACUGAAUACGUAGCUGUGCUCUUUUGUCCCGAUCACAAAAAUUGCGGCCCGAUGAACAAUAAGCCUGAAUGUAAGAAAUGUGCAAAAGCACUUCAGGAGCUAGAAAAUAUUGAUGAUGAAGCAGAUCAGCUCGGUAUAGGCUUUGUAAAGAUCCACGACGAGGAACUUGCCGAAGAAUACAGUCUUGGAGAAUUGCCAAGACUUGUGUACUACAGGCAUCAGAUACCUAUUAUCUACGAAGGUGAACUAAGCCGCGAAGAAGAUGUGCUGGAAUGGCUCAUUGCGAACAAAUCGACUGGGGACGAAGAAGAUGUGAUCGAGGAUGUUACAGCGAAAACCCUUAAUACUCUUAUAGGAAAUGUAGAUAACUUAGUCGUUCUUUUCUAUGAUCAUGGUGAUGAGGAAUCCAUGACAGUUUUAGAAGAAUUAGAGAAAAUAGAUGAUGAUUGCGACCGCCACGGUAUCCAGUUUGUGAAGAUCGAUGACAAAAAAGCAGCAAAAGAAUUCGGCAUUGACGAUGUUCCCUCGAUAGUCUACUUCGAGAAACAAAUCCCCAAUGUUUAUGACGGUGACCUUGAAAAUGAGGAUGAAAUGUUAGAAUGGCUGGUUGGUCAGUUAGAAAAGGAUGAAAUAGAAGACGUAACCGAUGAAAUGUUAGACCGUCUCAUCAAAGAUGGCAAAACAGUUGCUGUUCUUUUCUAUGACAACAACGAUCGAAAAUCUCAAAAAGUAUUAGCUGAAUUGGAAAACAUUGAUGAUGAAUGUGACCAAUUAGGUGUUGCAUUUGUAAAAAUUGACAAUGACGAGGAAGCAAAGGAGUACGGCAUUGAAAAAUUACCAACGUUGCUAUACUUCGAGAAGGGAAUACCAACUUACUAUGAAGGCAAUUUGGAAGAGGAAGAAAAAGUAUUGGCUUGGCUUAAGCACCAAACGGAGAGUGACGAAAUUGAAGACAUUACUGAUGAAAUGCUGGAUUUGAUGAUCGAAAAAAUGCCAUAUGUUGCCGUUUUAUUCUAUGACAAAGACCAAAAGAAAAGCCAAAAGAUCUUGGCCGAGUUAGAAAACAUUGAUGACGAAUGUGACCAAAACGACAUUGCGUUCGUGAAAAUCGAUGACGAUAAAGAAGCUAAAGAAUAUGGAAUUGAAACAAUUCCAACCAUGGUCUUAUUCGAAAAGGGUAUUCCUCAUGUAUAUGAGGGUGAUCUUAUGAAGGAAGAAGAACUUUUGGGAUGGUUGAUUCAUCAGAAACGUCACAGUGAAAUUCCCGAAGUAACAGAUGAAAUGAUGGACAAACUUAUAGACAGUGCAAAUUACUUAGCUGUUAUUUUCUAUGAUAAAGAGGACAAACAAGAUAUAAGAAUAUUGAAUGAACUGGAAAACAUUGAUGACGAAUUGGAGAAAGAAGGAAUUGUUAUAGUCAGGAUGGACAAUGAUGAGGAAGCAAAGGAAUUCGGUAUUGAUCACCUCCCUACUUUAGUAUAUUUUGAAGAUAACAUCCCGGCUAUUUACGAAGGGGAUCUGAUGAAUGAAGAUGAAGUAUUAGCAUGGUUGAUUGAGCAGAAAAACACCGCAACCAUUGAGGAGGUUACUGACGAAAUUCUAACAGAUCUCAUUGAAGAGCAUGAAUAUGUUGUCGUCUAUUUCAGCGGAAACUGUGAAGAAGGUGAAGAAUGUGAUAACAUCUUGGAGGAGCUAGAGAACAUUGAUGACGAAUUGGAUGAAACGGGAAUAAUAUUUGUGACCACUGAAGAUACGUCGUUAGCUAAGAAAUAUGGAAUCAAAUCUUUCCCAGCAUUAGUAUUCUUCAGGAAUAAGGAACCUCUAAUAUUUAAGGGUGACAUUGAGGACGAGGACGAGGUCCUUGCAUGGCUCACAGAUGAAGACACUUUGGAAAUUCCAGGAAAAAUUGAAGAAGUAAAUUCCCGGAUGUUGGAAAAAAUCUUAGAGGAAAACGACCAUGUUGUAGUUUUCUUCUAUAAGGAAAGUGAUAAAAAAUCACAGAAAAUUUUAAGCGAGUUAGAAAAUAUUGACGAUGAAUGUGAAGAAGAAAAUAUUGAUUUUAUUAAAACAUCCGAUGAAGGCGUUGAGAAGGAAUAUGAUUUGCCAGGCUUACCAGCAUUAGCUUUCUACAGACAUAAAUUCAGAACGAUCUAUGAGGGUGAUCUGAUGCACGAAGAAGCCAUUCUAAAAUGGGUUUUGGAUCUUCAACACUCACAGCCAGAAGUCAUCGAAAAUGUAGACAGAAAAACGUUAAAAGACCUCAUUAAUGAUGUUGAGCAUUUAGCCGUAUUCUUCUAUAACGAUGACUGUGAUACCUGUGAUGAGAUUUUAGAAGAAUUAGAAACAAUUGAUGAUGACACCGACAAACAUGGAAUACAGUUUGUGAAAUCUAAAGAUUCUAAGCUUGCGUCCGAUAUUGGUAUAUUUAGUUUUCCAGCGUUGGUAUACUAUGAGACUGGAGUACCAAUCAUGUAUGAUGGUAAUCUUUUUGACGAAAACGAAGUUCUGGAAUGGAUGGUUAAACAAAAAGAAGAUGAAAGCAUCGAAGAAAUAAACAGAGACAAACUAUUUAAAUACAUUGAAACCAAGGAAUUUUUGGCAGUUGUUUUCUAUAAAGAAGAGGAUCCCGGUAGCCCAAGAAUUUUAAGACACGUAGAAUUAAUUGAUGAUGAAGCUGCUGAAUAUGGAAUAAAAAUUGUAAAAUGCAGCGAUCGUCUAAUGGCUAAGAAAUAUGGAUUUCGAAAUCCACCUGGAAUAACAUACUUCAGGAAAACAAAGGCUAUUAAUUACGAUGGCGAUAUGGAUGAUGAGGAAGAAAUUUUAGAUUGGUUAACGAAUCCUGAAAAUAUGGAACUGACUGAUCAUAUUGAGAAAGUGAACAAAAAGAUGUUUCAGAAAAUAAGACAAACGUCGGAUUAUGUCGCCGUAUUCUUUUACAGUAAUGACUGCAAACAGUGUCCCCGAGUGCUGGCUGAGAUCGAACACAUAGAUGAUGAUGCGGAUGGAGCAGGGAUCAACUUUGUGAAGAUUGACGAUAGACAGAUGGCCAAAGAAUUCGGUGUAUUCGCAUUACCAGCAGUUCUCUUUUUCAAAAUGGGUUCCAAAGAUCCUGUUAUAUACGCUGGGGAUUUAUAUGAUGAACAACAACUAUUGAGUUGGCUUCUCGUCCAAAAAAAUCCUGCAGGAGAUGUUAUAGAAGCGCUCGAGGGUCAGGAACUAUUAGAUUUAAUUGAAGACUCAUCUUCGAUAGCUGUUUAUUUCUGGAACAGAACUUUAUGUGAACUGUGUCAUGCGAAAUCUACAGCAAAGAACACUAAAAAGAAAUUUACCAAAGACCCCGACGAGGCUGAAUUACCAGAGAUAGAGGAUUCAUUGGACUGUGAGCAAUGUACUGGAAUUUUGGAAGAAUUAGAAAAUAUAGAUGACGAUUGCGACAGACAUGGAAUAAAAUUUGUUAAAACUCAAGAUUAUUCUAUUGCGGAGUCGUUUGGAGCAACCGACUUUCCAGUGUUGGUUUACUUUGAAAAUGGCAUUCCCAAUGUCUAUGAAGGAUCAUUAGCGGAAGAGGAGGAAGUAUUGCAGUGGUUGAUAACUCAGAAAACUGAAGAUCGCAUUGAACUGAUAACCCGUGUUAUGCUAGAGAAAAUGGUGGAUGAAACUCAAUAUUUAGCCGUCUAUUUCUAUAAAUUAAAUUGCCAUAUUUGUGAUCACAUAUUAGAAGAGCUGGAGAAUAUAGAUGACGAGUGUGACGUAUAUGGUAUACAUAUGGUCAAAAUUCAAGAUCCUCAACUGGCAAAAAGAUAUUCAAUCAAGACAUUCCCUGCAAUGGUAUAUUUCAGAAACGGCAAUCCACUACUUUUUGAAGGCGAUUUACAAAAUGAGGAAUCAAUACUGGAAUGGUUGAUUGACGACGAAAAUCGUGAACUAGCUGAUGAAAUAGAAUCUGUCAAUGAUCGAAUGUUGGAGAGAUUAUUAUAUGAGUCUCAUUUACUGGCUGUUUUCUUCUACGAUGACGAAGACUGUCCAGAAUGCCAAGAAAUUCUGGAAGCAUUGGAACAAAUAGACGGUGAAGUGGAUCAAUUCGGUAUUGAUUUUGUGAAAAUUGCAAGCGCAGAGGCAGCCGCACAAUAUAACAUCAUAAAUAUUCCGUCUUUGGUGUAUUUCCGCAAGAGAGUUCCGAUGCCAUACGAUGGAGACUUGCAUCAAGUAGAUAGAGUACUCCAAUGGCUGACGUCUCAAGAAGUUUUUGAAAUCAAAAACGAAAUUGAAGAGGUUAACCGGAAAAUGCUUGAUAAGCUUCUUGAGGAGAACGAGUUCUUGGCGGUUUAUUUCUAUGAAAACUCAGCGGAAAGCCGAAUUGUCCUGGACAAACUGGAGAACAUUGACAGCGAAACUGAUAAUUUAGACAUCACAUUUGUGAAGAUGCACGACCCUCGUUAUGCUCGCAAAUGGGGCGUGACUAAACUACCCGCUAUCGUAUACUUUAGGAAACGGUUCCCGAGUAUAUACAGGGGUGACGUUAUGGCCGAAGAAGAGGUUUUGGAAUGGCUGCGGAAGAACAGAUUCCGUCAGCCGGAACUAAAUAUAUUUAUGUACGCAUUGAUAGCUUUAUCGAUAGCUUUUGUCAUGUACACAGCUUUCCUGCUUCAAUGCUUUAAGCCUUCUCCAACGCCCACCGCACAACAUCCAAAACAGGCGUGAAACAUUCUAUGAAGAAUAUAUGCAAGAAGAUUCUUGAACCAAAACAAACCUAUAUAUAGCAGAAUUAACUAUACUAAAUCUUUAAAAAGCAGGCGAAACCGAACAUGAUUGUUCUAAAGUACUAAUUAGCAUAACUAACA